CGAUUAAGCUAUCGCAGAAUAGCGGUACUUCUCCCGAUGGGCGGGAAGUUAAACGAUCGAUGGAAAUGUUUUCAAAUAUUAUAAAAUUAUCUGGACAACAACAUGCUGCUACUAUUAUCAGCAAUAGAUUUCUUGCUAUUCCCGGUUUGUGCUGGUGGAACUAAUCGAGAUGGCAAUGGAUGUAAUGAUCAGUGUGAUCAUUAUGCUGAUACUGUUGUUUAUGAAAAUUGUAUAAAGAAAUGUUCAUCUGAACGGUUUACAACCAAUACUUUCACAACCAGAAGAUAUCCAUCACCACCGUUUAAUAUUAGCGUUGACACGACUGCAAUUAUCGGUAGUGUGAAAUUCCUAGAAUCAACUGUUCAUUGGGACUUUGAACCUGACGGUGGCCGUGUUGGAUUUUAUUUACGAGUAACAGCCGUAGAAAAUUGGUGUGAACGCGACUUUCCUGGAUAUUACACUUAUGAAAUUGGACCGAUGGAACGAUCUCAUAUUAUUCCCGCGAUGACAACUAAUUCUGAGCCAUUGGAAAUUCAACAUGAUUGUACAUAUCUUGUACAUAUGCAUUCAAUGCCAUAUCCUUAUGGUGAUCCAAAUUUUGCUAUUGGUAUCAAAUAUAUGGUACCUACAUGUAUUGAAGGAUACUGUAGCUGUGCUAGUCAAAACACUGUACCAGUAGCUAAAAAUGUAUCAGUUCGGACAUAUCAAAAAGGUGACACAAUAAAAGCUGCUGUUAGCUGGAUGUAUCCCGCUAUUAGCGGUCAUACCCACCAAUUCCGAUUUGAUCUCAGCGAAAGAUUUUAUCACAACCCUCUCAGUUUUGCUAAUCCAAAUGCGUUCAAGUAUCGUAUCGCUGAUAUGCCAUCACAUGUCGUUUAUGCUGAAGAGAAUGUGACAUCGCUUUCAACUGUGUUACCUAUCGAUUUGGCACCAAAUGAGGAAUAUAGGUUGACAAUUUUUGCAAUGAAUGAUCAACUAUGUCACAGUGAUGAUGUCAUCGUUCCAUUUUUCACUGGGCUAAUUUUGGCCAAUGAUGAUAUGGCAACAUUGCCAGUUGGAGGUGAAAAUCAUACUGAAGAUUAUUAUCAAAAGGAACUAUCCAAUGUGACUGAUAUGAAAGGUACCGAUAAAAAACCACCACUGGUUCAUGAGGUACAGGAAAAGUCUCUCUAUUCACCAAUAAUCAUUUUGGCAACAACAUUUGCGCUUGUAACAGCUAUUUCAAUGGCUUGUUGCAUCGCAUAUUGUUUGGUACGGAAAUUUUACAAAAAUGGUAAAUCACAAAUUGAAAAAUCGUCAGUCAUACCUUGGGCGAUGGCACAUUCCAGCCAUUCAAUGCUUGAAACAAAUAUUCUUUAUCGGCAAACUAACAAUUUAGCAUCACAAAUCGAUUAUGAAAUACCAUUUAACCAAAUUCAAGUUGGUGGUAUCAUCGGACAAGGUGCAUUUGGUACCGUAUGCAUGGGUACCGCUUAUGGUGUCGAAGGAUAUAUUGGUCCAACAACAGUUGCCGUUAAACAAUUAAAAGCUAAUGCUGAUGAAAAUGAAAAGCGUGAAUUUUUAGCCGAAAUGGACAUUAUGAAACAAGUUGGAAGACAUCCAAAUAUUGUCGCAAUGUAUGGUUGUUGUACGGAACCAAAUCAUCAAUGCAUGAUUAUGGAGUAUGUACCAUUCGGUGAUCUCAAACAUUAUUUACAAAAUCUUCGAAAACAGUUUGAUCGAGCGAUGGUAAAUAUGAAAUCAUCAUUUUACGGCCGUGAUGCGCCAAUUAGUCCAUCAUUGCCACCAUCGAUGCAUUCAUCAUUCCUUUCAAAUAUGGAUGAUAAUUCGAUACAUAGUGAAACAUACCAUAUGGAUCCUAUUGAAUUACAAAGUUUUGCUGUACAAGUUGCCAACGGAAUGGCACAUAUCGAAUCAUUGGGUAUUGUUCAUCGAGAUUUAGCAGCCCGAAAUAUCUUAGUUAGUCGAGGGAAUCAAUUGAAAAUAAGUGACUUCGGAUUAUCACGACAUGGUGUUUAUGUUAAAACAAGUAAAGGUGUAAUACCACUUCGAUGGCUCUCUGUUGAAGCCAUUCAACGAAACAUUUACUCAACAAAAAGUGAUGUCUGGGCAUAUGGUGUCGUUUUAUGGGAAAUUUGCACCCUUGGUGGUUUUCCAUAUCCGACUGUUAGUGAUAAAGAUUUAUUAAAAUACUUACUUCAGGGUAAUCGAUUAGAAAAGCCCAUAUCGUCCAGCAAUGAAGUAUACGAUAUAAUGAUUCAGUGCUGGUCGCAUAAUGCAAAUGAUCGGCCCUCAUUUGCAUAUCUUUGUGAACAUCUUAAUGAUUUGAACAGUCAGCAAUGUCCGUAUGUUGAGUUUGUUCCCGGUGAUAGUUUACCGCCACCUGACGGGUACUGCGAAUUAGUGGGAAGACCAAUGACGCAUGCUGAUUUAUCAGCAAUUGCUAAUUUAGAAACGGCGGAAGUUGUUAAUGAAAGCUGACAAAAAAAAAAAAA